CUACUUGCACUACUACUUCCGCGUUCUUCUCAAUAAGGCUCAGUCAGUUCCGGUUUAGCAAUGGCUACGUUCUACACCCGCUGUCUCCAGGAUCUCCCUAAGAUUAACGUUACCGAUGUGCAUCGCAUUUGCAAAAAAUCCACCACAGCUCCAUCCAGCAAGCUGGAGAAAGGCUUUAAAUUAUACGGAGCCUCGUAUAUACACGAUUACGAAGGUUGGACUCAGGGAUGCCUCACCUGUGGUGCUCACACAAAGCAAGUGUUCAUGUGUGGCAGGCACUGCUUUGUGCAAUCACACUGUUGCCUUACUCUUUCAAAGUGCUCAUUAUUCACAGCUUAAUUUACAUGUUGUACCCCCUGUGCUUAGCUGCACUGAAAGAGAACAAUCCUGGCAUAAACCACGAACACUGGGUGUGAAACCAGGCCCCAUCAAUGCCAUGGUCAUCACAAAACCUGUAGCAAAUCGUACUGCACAAGGUGGAGUGAGAAGUGGACUCUACAGAGGGAUGGUGGGCCUUUUACCUGAUCCAUGUAUGUUUAGAGUUGAGGAGGCAUAUGCAGAAUACAACCAUGAGGACAAGCCACUGGUUACCACCAUGAACAUGUCACCUGACAAGCCACUUGUAGAGAGUGCAUUUGGGUUGGUCCAGGAAGGAAGCAUAUUGUCCAACCAGCAGCCUGUUUUAACAUCACGGUACAUCACACUACAUGAUGCCCCAUCAACUCCACCUUUUCCUCUUGAAGGACAUUACCUUGCUACAUCUGACUGCAUGUUUGUUUGCACUGAGGAGGAGCUCUUACAUCUUCAAAGUCUAAACACACAGUUAGAUAUGGCUCAGAAAAUUGAAGAGGCAACACGUGAGCAAAGCUCUUGUCCCGACUGGCAUCAGCUUCGCAGAUCAAGAGUAACAGCUUCCAGGUUUCGGGAGAUAUGUCACGUGAGAGGUCUGAGCUCUGCAGAGUCCCUCGCAGAGCGAAUCAUCAGAGGAACCCGACAGACGGCAGAGAUGAGAAGAGGUGCUGAAAUGGAGUCUGAGGUAACAGUGGAAUACAGCAAACUGAAAAAUGUUAACUACUCACCCUGUGGUUUAAUCAUCCAUCCAGAUGCUCCUUGGCUUGGUGCAUCCCCUGAUGGUGUAAUUUUUGAUCCCACUGAGUGUCCUCAAUUUGGACUUGUUGAAAUUAAAUGCCCCAAUGUCAAAAACAUUUUUGACUGCAAAUAUUUGCAAAUGGACAAUGGGUUUCUCACCCUAAAAAAGAGCCAUGCAUACUACUACCAAGUGCAGGGACAGCUACUGGUCUCAGGAAUGCAGUGGUGUGAUUUCAUGGUGUGGGCCCAGGAUGAUUAUUUUGUCCAGCGUAUCUACAGUGACACUUCAGUGCACAAAGUUAUUAGAGAGAAGGUGGAUUAUUUUUACUUUUACACAUACAUGCCUAAAUAUUUGUCAAUGAAAAAGUAACUGAUAUUUUAAAGUCAUCAGAGAAAUUACAUAACUGUGUAAAAUAGCAC